UUGAUUAUUUUAUUUAUAAAAUGUUUUUCUUUCUUACUAAAAAGAAAGAUUGGAAAUAAGAAUUGACAUUCCCUGUAUCUAAUAAAUAUAAGAUUAUACUUUAAUUGAUCUUUUAAAAGUGCACCCAAUUAAUAUAAACAUACUUAUUAGUAAAUAUAGACGUACCUUCUAGAUUCUAGAUCUAGAUCUCUAGAUCUAGUUGUCACCGUACUGUUGUAGUGUAAGACGAGCUUUAGUAGUGAAAAUUCAAAAAGAUAAGGAAAAAAUUAAAAAUAAGCAAAAAGUAGAGAAAUGCCAUUCCCAAAACAUUCAGAUCAUGAGGCUUAGUCUUAUUUGCUAGAUCUAUUUAUAGUAGGCUAGCAGUAGUAUUUAGAUCUAGAGUAAUUAAUACUAAUUAUUUACCAAACUAGUAAAUUACUAAAGUAUUAGUAAAUAAUAGCCUAGGCCUACUGCCUAUAGUUAGAGUGUCUGGAUCUGUUUAUUAUCAAUGCAGUAACAAGAAAAAGUUGGUGAAAUGAGUGGUGCAGCGGAACGAUCUCCUGGAUCUGCACCACCAUCACUGUCGUAUCUUUCAUCUAAAUUCAAGAUGUCAGGUUUAGAUGUGAAACCAAAAAUUUUAUGUGGAAGGGAAAGACCAGUUUACAAACAUGCACAGCACACGCAUAAAGCAUUUGAAUCUUUGAAUGAAAUGAGGAGGAUGGGACUGCUGUGUGAUGUGUGCAUUGUGGCAGGAGAGCUGGAACUACAUUGCCAUAAAUCAGUCUUAGCCUCAUGUAGCCAAUACUUUUAUGCCAUGUUCACCAAUGAGAUGUCUGAAUCAAAGAUGAAAUACAUCAAACUACAAGAAAUCGACCCAACUGCUCUGGCAUUGCUCAUUGAUUUUGUUUACACUUCAGAAAUUCAUGUCACUGAAGAUAAUGUUCAAACACUACUACCUGCAGCCAAUAUUUUACAAAUCACGGAAGUGCGGGAUGCUUGUUGUGAAUUCCUGCAAGCUCAGCUUCAUCCAUCCAAUAGUUUAGGUAUCCGCGACUUUGCAGAUUUACACGCUUGCCAAGAUCUCUAUAACUAUGCCCAGACCUACACAGAACAACAUUUUACAGAGGUUGUGCACUAUGAUGAAUUUUUGUCCAUGGAUGUGGAGUCUGUGUGUAAGCUAAUCUCAAGUGAUAGACUGACAGUCACCUCGGAGGAGCAGGUGUAUGAAGCUGUCAUGUCCUGGGUCCACCACAACCUACCCGCCAGACAAUCCUGUGUGGAACAGCUUCUGGAGAAUGUUCGCUUGCCGCUGAUGAACCAGGAAUACAUUGUACAAAAAGUUGAAGAGGAACCUCUAGUGAAGGCAAACUCCAGGUGUAAGGAUUACCUUAUUGAAGCCAUGAAGUAUCAUUUGCUGAAAACAGAUCAAAAACCACUGUACAAAACUCCGAGGACUCAGCCUAGGAACCCUAUUGGCCUGCCUAAAGUGCUACUUGUGAUAGGGGGUCAGGCACCAAAAGCUAUUAGAAGUGUAGAGUGCUACGACUUCCAGGAGGAGAGGUGGUACCAGUUAGCUGAGAUGCCUUCACGCAGAUGUAGAUGUGGUGUGGCAGUAUUAAAUGGUCUAGUCUAUGCUGUGGGGGGAUUCAACGGCUCCCUGCGUGUCAGAAGUAUUGAUGUGUAUGACCCACUGAAAGACACCUGGAACUCAUGCCCUAGUAUGGAAGCAAGGAGAAGCACUCUGGGUGUUGCUGUGCUCAAUGGCUACAUCUACGCUGUUGGAGGAUUUGAUGGUGCUGCUGGUCUUGACUCGGCUGAAUAUUUUGAUGUUCGAGCUGGGAUGUGGAAAACUAUGGCCAGUAUGUCAACAAGAAGAAGUAGUGUGGGCGUCGGUGUUGUUGGAGGUCUGCUGUAUGCUGUUGGUGGGUAUGACGGCGCCUCCAGGCAAUGCCUUAGCUCUGUGGAGUGCUACAACCCUUUCUGUGACACCUGGUCCAUCGUGGCAGAAAUGUCUUGCAGGCGGAGUGGGGCAGGAGUGGGUGUUGUAGAUGGAAUGUUGUACGCUGUGGGGGGCCAUGAUGGACCACUGGUGAGAAAAAGUGUAGAGGCCUACAACCCUGAAACCAAUACCUGGAUAGCUGUGGCAGACAUGCAUUUGAGCAGACGUAACGCAGGUGUGGUCGCCAACUGUAAUAAGCUGUAUGUGGUGGGGGGAGACGACGGCUCCUCAAACUUGGGGUCAGUGGAGGUCUACGACCCUUCGACCAAUAAAUGGACACUGCUGCAGUCUAGCAUGAUGACUGGACGCUCUUAUGCGGGGGUCACUGUUAUAGAGCGACCCCUGAUGUAGACACAUGUGUCAGUUAUACUGCGACCCCUCUAGUAAUGUAGGGGUCACUGUUAUAGAGCGACCCCUGAUGUAGAGACAAACGUAUCCUACAAAUGGCAUUGAUUGUGCAAUUCCUGGAUAUCAAGGCUCAGCCACUCAGAUGUUUACAGGACUGACCAUACAAGCUGUACAGGAGUCUUUAGAUCAGUGGUUUGAAGUUAGCCACAAGUUGUUUAGCAUGAUAAGUUGUGAAGGAGUCUUUAGAUCAGUGGUUUAAAGUUAGCCAUAAGUUGUUUAGCAUGAGUUGUGAAGGAGUCUUUGGAUCAGUGAUUCAUAAUGAGCCUAUGUUGUAAGGCAUGACAAGUUCUACAGUAGUCUUUUUCAGAGGUUUAUAAUCAGCCAUAUGUUGUAAAGCAUGACAUAUUAAUUCAUAACUAACCAGGCACUGUCAUUGGUCUAUUUUUAGACCAGACGUAUCUGUGUCUAGUAAAUCAUGAACUGACGUAUUACAUGUAGCAGCAACUGUAGCAUACACUGUGCACUACUAACUACUAGUCUAGAUGUUUUAUUUUGUUUACAUUAGUCUAAAUAAUAACAGUAGAUGAUUAGUUAAUAAGCAGUUGCUUGAAACAGUCUUUGAACAAUGCACUACCCCUGUGUCAGCAUUGAAUAGGUUGAUGAAAUAUUGAUCAAAUAUCCCGCAUGCCCCAAGUUUAAAUGUAAACACUAGCUCACUUUCAUCUCAUUUUAACAUCAGCCAUCUUGAUGUAACCAUAGCAACCACUUCAAGCCGAAGUAGGGCCUACUUUAUUUCUAGUUUAACUAAGUUAUUGAAUGAUUUUCAUUCAAAUAAACAGAUUAUUGAUCAGUAAUAUUUGAUCUAAUUUUUCAUUGUUCUAAUGAUUUGAGUUCAUCAGACCAAGUGAUUGUUUUAUUUAUCACAUAUGUGUACGCAUGUUUUGUUUACAUGACUUUGUAUUUUACAUUUCCAUACAUUAUGGAGAUUAGAAGUUUUGACACUUUUAGCUAGUCUUUCUAAAAAAUUGAUUUUGUUGUUCAUGCUCUGCCAUACAAAAAUGUAAAUUGUAUUUUUUAAAUAUGUAAAAAUAAUUGUGGAUUUGUUGGAAUCACUGUGGGGUCCAUAUGUGAAACAAAUGUGAAUAUGACUAAAACCUGUGGGUCCAUUUUUUUUUUAAAUGUGGAUUUGGCAAUGUGGGGUCCAUUAAGUUUUUGUUGAUUUUGUUUUGAUUUGGUUGACCACCUGCGACCUACCAAAGGUCAAAUUGUGUUUCCACAUGGCAGACAAGUGUGCCAUGUUGUUUACUGGAUCUCUCUUGUUAUCUGUUUCUCUUUCAGCUGUUGUGGCAUCCAGUUAA